CUUCGGUGCCUUCGUGGCCAUGGUGGGAGCCGCCUUCUACCCCAUUUAUUUCCGGCCGCUGCUGCUGCCCGAGGAGUACAAGAAUGAGCAGUCAAUAAACCGAGCUGGUAUUGUUCAAGAGGAUAUUCAGCCUGCAGGGUUAAAAGUGUGGUCGGAUCCAUUUGGAAGAAAGUAAUUGGCAGCUGGGUGGAUUGCAGAACUGAAGAUGGACGUCUUCAGCAGCUUCUUCUUUCACCUGAAGUGUGUCUUUAGGUGUCGCUGGAGCAGAAUUCUGAAUAUGCUGUGUGGGCACAUGAGGAGCAACAAAGACUACUGGUUGGAAUCCCAAGAGAUGCUAGUUUUAAAACAUGCUAGUUUUGAGAGAGAAUGCUGGUGCAUAGCUCACAGACUGUUAAAAAGCUGAAUGAUUAUUGAUUAUAGAAAUGAAAUAUUUAUUUCUUUGUGAAAAGGGAAAAGGGUUUUCUUCUAAUCUGUACACUUAGAAUUAUGGAUAGAGUAAAUCAUGCAGACUGCUGCAAUUUCCUGCCUAGUUUGAAAGUUACAACAUGGUGAAUGUAAAUUUGUACAUUAAAAAAUUUAAACCAA